GUGCUCUGCUUGACCCGGAAGUGUACAGCGCAAGCAGGAAACGAGGCCGGAAACGAGGGAGAGAGCGCGAUGGGGUGCGAUGGCGGCACAAUCCCCAAGCGACACGAGCUGGUGAAGGGGCCCCGCAAAGUCGAGAAGGUUGACAAAAAUGCUGAAUUGGUGGCAAGGUGGUUCUACUGUGCUCUGAGUCAGGAGAAGUUACGUCGACCAAUUGUAGCCUGUGAGCUAGGAAGGUUGUAUAAUAAAGAUGCCAUCAUUGAAUUUUUGUUGGACAAGUCGGCUGAUAAAACUCCUAUGGAAGCAGCAUCACAUAUCAAGAGCAUUAAGAAUGUAACAGAACUAAACCUUGUGGAUAAUCCGGCUUGGAGUGGUGAUAAAGAGAGUAUCAAAGGCGACAAGUAUGAUGACAUCCAGUCUGCAUGCUUUAUAUGCCCUGUGGUGGGAUUGGAAAUGAAUGGAAGACACAGGUUUUGCUUCCUGAGGAACUGUGGCUGCGUGUUCUCUGAACGUGCUCUCAAAGAAAUUAAAUCAGAAGUUUGUCACAAGUGUGGUGUUGCGUUUCAAGAGGAAGAUGUGAUUAUCCUUAAUGGUAGUAAAGAAGAUGUGGAAGUAUUGAAGAAAAGAAUGGAGGAUAGAAGACUUAAAAGUAAAUUAGAAAAGAAAUCAAAGAAAUGUAAGUCAGCAGAAUCAGCUGCUCAGCAAGAUACCGCUGAAGAUUCAGCAGGUCCAUCAAAGACUAACGAUGGAAAGGAUUGUCUCAAUUCCAGUUCUGGGGAAAAGAGGCAGAUUAUCUUCACCAAAAGUUCAGAUAAUGGAAAUUCAUCUAUACCAGGAAAAGUCAAUAAGGCUUCUUCUACUGCUACGAAGAGAUCCAUUGCAGACAGCAAGGAGAAAUCUGAGGCAUACAAAUCUAUUUUUACAACACACAGCUCAGCAAAACGUUCAAAGGAAGAGUGUUCCAAUUGGGUUACUCACACGGCGUACUAUUUCUGAAACAAUGAUGAGCCUGAUUGUAACAUUCAUUACUGCUUUCCUUCCCUAAGGCUUUUUCUGUACAACUGAUACAGACCUUCUGUUGUAAUCGGAUGUUACCUGGAAUUAUUCAGUUUCUAAGGUGUUCAUAAACUUGUGAUUAACUAAUGAACUUGUGUAAAUUGCAACUUCUUUAAAUAAGAACUAGAUCACCAGAAUCCGUGUUGUAUCAGCAGACCUCAUUCUAAAGUGAUGGAUUAUUUGGACAACAGUUUUUCUUCUCUCAAUUGGAUGCUAUCAUUCUUAGUCCCACCAGCCAGUGUCCUCAGCAGUAGGAGUGAGGGUAGAAGGGUCUGCCGGCUGUCAUCUUCUAUUGGGACUUGCUGCAACUGUAAUUGUAGCUUUCAGCAUAUUAAUACAGAAAUUCAAACUUCUUGAAACUUUCUGACAGUAAAAAGAGAUAAUGCUUUUCUUUUGUACCAGUUAACCGGGGCCCUCAGCAGCACUAGUGCAAAUUUUCUGAAGAUUCUAUAGGUAUUUUCAAAUAAUGCAUCUUUUUAUGGAAUUUAUAAAGAUGUUUUAUAGCUGUCUUUUUGUACAUAUUGUUGUAGCCUGCUUUUACUAACAGAAUAUUCACUUGUAAAUAAUUUAUCUAUAAAGAUGAGCCUGUAAUAGUGAAGAUUUUUUUUUUUCCCAAAAAAGUUUUGGGGUUUUUCUUUGU